AGGAUAGAUUCGCGGUUCGCGCCUUAUGCAAAGUAAAGUAAUCAGAUCGAACUUUUAUCAGCCAAAUAAUAAGUGUUUAUUGGUUGGUUCUAUAGAAUGCCGGUGAUAUUUUCUAUUUACAAUAAAUUUAAUUAUAUAUUAUUCUAAAUUUGAUUGUGAAAAAACAUGGGUAUUACAGGACUAUUACCCUAUCUUGAAGUCGCUGGAAGAGAUUGUCAUAUUAGUGAGUUUAAGGGUUCUGUUGUUGGAAUAGAUGUUUCUUGCUGGCUACAUAAGGCAGCCAGUACUUUUGCCAAGUCUAUUAUUAUUCAUAAAGAUUACCAGCAUGUGGUAAGAUAUAUUAAAAACUAUGUAGAAAUGCUAUCAAAAAACGGCAUAAAACCUGUAUUAGUAUUUGAUGGCAAAGCUUUACCAGCAAAGGCAGGAGUUAAUACUAAAAGAAGUGAGAAAAGAAAGGAAUAUAAACAAAGAUCUGAUGAAUUGCUAGCACUAGGAGACACUGCCCUUUCAGAAAAAUACCUACAAAGAAGUAUCAGCAUCAAACCAGAAUUAAUAGCAGAGGUAAUAAAGGCAUGUCACGAAAUUAAUGUUGACUGCAUUGUUGCCCCCUAUGAAGCAGAUGCUCAAUUAGCAUACUUAUGUAAUAUUGGAGCUGUUAAUAUAGCUAUAACAGAAGACUCAGAUCUCAUGCUCUUUGGUUGCAAACGUGUGAUAUACAAACUAGAUGCAAAAGGAAAUGGUGUACUUAUAGAGGCACAUAAAAUACAUUACUGUAUGGGUCUACAACUUGAACAAUAUACAUUUAAUAAAUUCCUUUAUAUGUGUAUUUUGUCUGGAUGUGAUUAUCUACCAUCUUUACCAGGAAUAGGCCUGAAGAAGGCAGAGAAAUUUAUAAAAUUGACCGAAGAAACAGACCCAUUAAAGUUUUUAGGAAAACUGGCAAGAUAUUUAAGACUUACACAAUUGGUUGUGACAGAUGAUUACAAAGAAAAUUUUAUGACUGCUGUGGCUACCUUCAAACAUCAAAUUGUGUUUGAUCCUUAUUUAAAAAAGUUAGUUCAUCUUACAGAUCCUGUAGAUGUCCCAGACAAAUACCUCAAAAAUGCUGGGUCAUUUUUUGAUAAUAAAGAAGCUUUGGAAUUAGCCGUAGGCAAUAUAAGCACAGCUGAUGGAACUCGUUUAGCUAACUGGAAUACCACAAAAUGUGAAAUGGGUAGUAUAUGGCAUAAAAUUGAUUCAAGGAAUCUACAAAAUCCGAAAAGUGCUACUAUAACAAGUAACAUUGCUGCAACAGGCCAAUCUACUUAUACACGCAGUAUUGAUAAAAAGCUGAAAGAGAAAUUUAGUUGUUCAAAGCUCAAUGUAAGGGAAACCCUCAAUAUAUCUAUACAACAAUCUAAGGUUGAAGAUGAACUUAAGGAAGAAGCUGAUAGCAGAAUUAAAACCGAAAUAAAUCGUUUAACCUUAAAAAGAAAAAUGAGUGAUGCAGAUAGUUCGGAUGGUAGUAGUAACGAAGAUACUCCCGCUUCCCCUGUUCUGGUAAAGAAUCCAUUCAUGAAAAAAAUAAGCAAAUUUGCAAUAACUGAAAGUGUUGAGACUGAAAAUGUUAAUGUGAGUGUUCAAAGUCGAUACUUUUCAUUUGCAUCGUCUUCAAGUAACACAGAAUAUCGUGAAACUAAACAAGAAUCGGAAAGCUCUGAUGAACUUAAAAACUUAACUCAAGGCUCUGAUAACUCAAUUCCAGAAAUUAUUCAAGCAGCAGAGAACACUGACAAUAUAGAAAAUCAACCUAACAAUUUUUUGAAUGCUUCACUUGCCGAAAUUAAUCUUGACGAUAUGCAAAGUUCAAGUAUAUCUGUAACUGUAACAGAUUGUGCUCCUUCAACUUCUAAGCCUCAACAAAGGAAGCGAAAAUUGGAAACUACAGACAGAGGUACAAAGAAAAAACAACUUCCUGGACAGACAUCUAUAAAAACAUUUUUCAAAUCAUAUUCAAGUAGUAGUUCUUAAGUAAAUUUAUAAUGAGAUUUGUUUUAUAUGUUGAUACUCACGAUAUUAUUAGUUAUCGAUGUUAUUUUAAGCGACUUCUUUUAUGCAUAAAAUUGAAGGAUCAAUCAAUAAUUUAUUGUAAAAAAAUAGUUUUUAAUGUAAUUUUCAACAAAACAUACUAUUGAGUAACUAAAAGAAAUCGCUGAAAAAGAUAACGGUGUUAUGUUUAUGUUAAAACAUGAAUUAAUGUGAUAAAAAUUGUAAUUCUUAGUUACAAUACCUCAUAUGACUUUUGCGUUCAUCGGAGGUUUCUAAUUAUAUCUAAUACUUAUAAAAGUAUGAAUGGCACGACCUACUUGCUUUAUUGCAUCUCAAGGAUGCUCAACGAGGCUAGUAUCUGGAUUUUCCGUUGUGAAUUAAAGUUGCAAUAUAUCACCCUUAAGAGUUAUUCCGUGUCAAAUACUUUAAUUCGGUCAAAUGUGACGUUCCUAGCUCUUUAGAUCUCACAGUAUUGGGCAGGUGAUACAUAGUUUCUUGGAAGUUUAGAUUUGUCUAAUCAGGCAUGCAACGCCUAACUGAAUGUUUUUUAUUGCAUCCUAAGAAUCCUCUAGGGUCUAUGCUAAUCAGUCGAUAUUUUACUUAUUAUAAGUUAGUAUUUUUUUAUUUUAGUGACUACACUUGUUUGCAAAAAAAUGCAUCAACAGAAUAUUAUAAAUAAGUCAUUUGAAUGUAUGAAACUUACUGAAAAACAACAAUAAGCAACACAUUUUUUUCUGAACGGUUUUUUGAGGAAUAUUUUCUCAUUUAACAGUCAACUUUUCGAAAAUUCAUAAAAGCAGGCAUUGAACUCAGAACUGAUUGUUUUAUUACAUCCCAUGGAUGCUUUAAGAGAUUCAUGUCUGAUUAAACAGUUUUGUUGGUGCAUUUUUUGUGAUAGAUUUAUUAAAUCGUUUGAGUGUUCAAUUAUUCUAGUGAGUUUUUUUAAUAAAAUUUUUUAUAAAUUUGUUGUAAAGAUUAAAAACAUAUUG